AUGAUGGACCCCAAACCUUUCAAAGUGGUUAUUGUUGGUGGUAGCAUCUCCGGGCUUUCUUUAGCCUUGAUGCUAGAAAAACACGGCAUUGACUUCGUCGUCUUGGAAGCUUACAAAAGCAUUGCACCUCAAGUCGGAGCAAGUAUCGGUGUCUUGUCGAAUGGACUUCGAAUUCUUGACCAAUUGGACUGUUGCCAAUCUGUUCUUGAUAAGGCAGAGUACCCUGUCAACAAGAUAUAUUUUCGAGAUUCGCGAGGCCAAGUGACAAGGUCAUUCCCAUCCUUUGAGAGCGAUGUCAGCGAACGCCAUGGAUAUCCCGCUGUCUUCCUUGAUCGUCAGAUGUUGAUAGAGAUCCUCUACAACAAAAUCCAGGAUAAGUCCAAGGUCCUUACCUCUCAACGUGUCCAGAGUAUCGAGCACACCGAUUCAAAUGUCACUGUCACCACUUUGAGCGGUCAAAGUUUCACAGGGAACAUUGUGGUCGGAACCGACGGUAUUCACUCAACAGUUCGUCAGGAAAUGUGGAAGUUUGCCCAAAAGGUCGACCCCAGUUGGAUUGAUCCUUCAGAAGAAACGGCAAUUCCUGCAACUUAUGCCUGCAUUUUCGGAAUCUCCGAAGGCGAAAUGGGUAUCGAGAAGGGUACUUUGACUUCAGUGUUGAAUGAGCAUUUCUCAUAUCUUAUCCCCAGCGGACCCGGAAAACGGACAUACUGGUUCCUUGUCCGAAACAUGGGUAAAACUUUGUACGGAAAAGACGUUCCUCGAUUUUCAAAGGAAGAAGAGGAGGCGUUGGCGAAGGAACAUUGGGACGAUCAGAUCACCCCCACGCUUCGAUUCUCGGAUCUAUACAAAAGCAAGAUCGCUUCGGUUUAUACAGCUCUGCCCGAAUACGUGUAUAAAAAAUGGUACUUCCAAAGAAUCAUGACUAUUGGCGACGCCAGCCACAAGUUCGAGCCUUUGACAGGACAAGGCGGAAACAACGCAAUUGAAACAGCUGCAUCUCUCACAAAUCAUCUCGUGUCAGCUCUCCAGAAUUGCAAAACAAAGACGCUAUCGACGGUAGAAAUUUCCAACAUUUUCAAAAAUGUGCAAGAACAGCGUGAGGAGCGAGUGUCGGGGCUGAUCCAGGCUGCCCACUCGCGACAACGCUUGGAAUGUAUGGAGACGCCUUUGCUGAAAUUUUCUGCCAAAUUCGUGCUCCCGUACAUUCCCAAACAUAUGCUGCUCAACAAAUGGAUCCAAGUGUAUUCGCCUGCUGUGUCACUGAAGACGCUUCCAAUGCCACGCAAGCCACGCGAUGUUGCGUAUUUCGACGAGCGCUUCAGACAGCCAUCUUCUCGCGGUGUGCUUGGUGUCAUAUUGUACGCUGCGUUCUUUUUGCUGGCUUGGAUGGGUCAUCGUCAGUUGUGGACGGCGGGCAAAAUCAAUGGGUUCUGGAGUUUGGUCCGCGAAUCAGUGUCAAGGCAGUCGAUUUUGCUUCCAGGGGGUGUGGAAGUUCCUCUUCGUCAGGUUUACACAGGAUUUAAGCCUGUAGAUCUCGUUUUACAAUCUCUUUCGACCGUAUUUUUGCCCGUCGUCGCCAAUUUCUCGAAAGCUGAGCAACCAUUGCAGGGUCUUUAUUUCCUGGCUUCGAUACUGCCGAUUAUCACCAUCUUGACAGUUGAAGGCUAUCGGCCCAGAAAUAAGUGGACUCUUCUCGCCAGCCCAGCUCUCUGGGGUGUGCUGUACCAGCUGCGUGGUAUUGGCUUCAUUGCGCCACUUUAUUUUGGAAUCAGUCUUUUCCACUCCUCAUCGAUCUCGUAUUUUACCCCGACCAGUCGCACGCUUCCCGAUAAUACAGCUCGGGCAUUGCUCCCUGCUCUAGUGCUUGGAUUUGUCCUGCCUACGAUUAUGUUGUUUUUCCCAUUACAGGAUGCCUUGAAUGCACGCCAGAUCUUCAUCGCAUUGUGGCAACCCACUCCGGUAUAUGUGGUUAUCUUGACUGAGGUUCUGUCUCGCGUCUUGAAAUUGAUUGGCCGAUCUACACCGGUCAAGACUGGUAGCCACGGUGAUCAUAAUUCCAACAGCGACCUUCCCUACCUGCGAAUCCUAUACGCAGCGGUAGGUAGCAUAUCUGCAUGUUUCCAUCUCGCUUUGAUGAUGAGCUGGUUCGUUUCAGGAACUGGGUUUAUCGUUCGCGCAUUCAUUCCAUUCGACUCUAUGGCACCAGUGUCAGAUCUUGCAGAUGGGGUGUUCAUAUUCUUCCAGAAUGACUUUUUGCUUGCUGCGGUUGCAACUAUGCUUUGGUGCUUAACGAGUGCGUGGGACCUGUACCGCGUUGGAAUUUCCGAUGUCUCCUGGCCGGUUGCAGUGAUCAGUAUUGCUCUCGGAUGUAUAAUGGUUGGACCAGGUGCCACUGCGGCAGCUGUGUGGUAUUGGCGAGAAGAGGUUCUCAGUCGUACAUCUUUCAAUCAGCACCCUUCGGUCUCCUCCUAG